AUGGCAGUUUCCAACCGCGUUUCUCAAGCACGGCUUGAACAAUUGUCCCCAAAUGCCGUCGUUUCUUUGAACAAAUUAUACCCGAGACUUCGAAAGGAGCAUUUAUCAUUCACCUGUGAAGGAGAUGAUAUCAUAGCUGAGGGCCUUUUGAUGCAGAAGCGCCAGGAGACUUUUGCAUCCAAGUCACAUAUUUUCCGUCGACAGCCCAGCAAACUCCGGUUUAACAAUGACGAAAUUCACACAGUUAUAGAACGAAUAGUUCUAACUAAUGGUUCUCCUGGAGUCCUCGAUUACCUACUGGCUAAAGCCGAUGACGCGAAACUUGAGAAGCACCUGUUUAAACACCAACAGCAGACGAUGAAGAGAACUAUAAAUUCUCUGUUGAUAUCAGCAGUGGGCAUGCGCCAGCCAUCUAUGGUGUACGUUUUGAGUCAAUACUCUGAUGAGGAUGGGUUGAACGAAGCUUUAUAUGUUGCGGUAUCGGGACGGGAUUUGGAAUGCACCAAGAUGCUGCUUCAAAAUGGUGGGGACCCAAAUUCCUGCCAACAAGCAUUCCUAGACGCAGCGGUACGCGGCGACACCCCGCUGAUCGACCUGUUUCUAAGUGCUGAGAAGCGCAUGGCCGUUUCGUGUCUUGAUCAAGUGUUACCCACCGCUGUCGCUUCCGGGAGCCUUGAUAUGGCUUCAGCGCUUUUGAAAAAUGGUGCAAAUGGUGAUCUGCCUGAAGUUUUGGAGAACGCCGUUCGCUCAGGGAACGUGGACAUUGUGGUUGCACUUAUUUUAGCAGAUCGUCCACCUUCGAAAGAUUCUCUUGAUGGCGCUGUGGACAUCGCCUUCCACAUAACAGAAUCCAGUUCCGAUAUUCAAAGAAUCCUAGUCGAGGCUCUUCUUUGUGGUGGCGCAAAUGGAGAAGUGGUUUCAAAAACGUUGCUGAAAGCAGUUGAGAGGAGUGAUGAGCAUGUCACCUCAUUGCUCGUCACACAUGGUGCAUCCGUGACGUACAAUUCUGCCGAGGCUAUCGUCCAUGCAAUUAAACUUGGAAAUACAAAAUUGUUAGCGAGCUUAUUCAGUGGUCGCAUUGACAAGCAGCAUGCCUCUCACUUAGUAACGAUGUUCCCCAAAAUCUCGUCUAAUAUACCCUCAUCGAAACAACUGGCGGUCAUUUCAACACUUGUUGAGCGGGGGGCUUGUGGAUAUGCACUUCAGCCUUGUCUAAUCGAUGCAGUUCAGCGGAAUGAUCUUGCAAUUGUCGAAUAUUUCAUUAGCAAGCAAGCCUCCGUUGAUUACGAUAACGCACAUGCGCUCCGCUGUGCAGUUUCUUCAGUGUCCUUGCCAUUGUUCGAACUUCUUCUCAAAGGCCGCCCUUCGAAAGAGUCUCUAGAACUAUGUUUUACCUUGUUAGAAGCCGUCCCUUCUAAACCCCGUCUGUCUAUGGCAAUCAGCCUCUUAUCAGCCGGAGCUAGGGGUGAGGAAGUGGAUAAUGCUUUAGUUAGAGCUGUGAUGUCCAAUUUUGUGGAGGAGAAAGAGCCUCUUAUUUACGAGUUUGUGCGGCAUGGAAUUGAUGUGAAUAUUUGCGGAGGGAAAUGUUUCCAAGAAUCAGCAAGGGCAGGCGAUGUUGGUAUCCUAAACAUACUCUUAAAAGGCGUUCCUUCACCUGCGUCUCUCGCCCAAGGAAUUAUACCUGCGCUUGGUCUGCCCAAUUCCGAUCUGAGAUUUACCAUACUGGAUCUGCUUGUUUCUGCUGGUGCCCGUGGCCCGGUUGUCGAUGAGGGCCUCCUCUAUGUAAUUAACGACAAACCUGUGGAUAUCCCUUUGUUGCAAUUACUUCUCGAUAAAGGUGCUGCUGAUGUGAAUUCCAACAACGGAAAACCGAUCGAAAUGGCCACUAAACAAGGGAAUUCUGACCUUCUUCAACUCCUCUUGUCAUACAAUCCAUCUCAUACGAGUCUAAACCUUGCAUUCCCUCUAGCUCUUAAUCUACAAGACUGCUCCAUUCAAUACACCAUAUGCCACAGACUCCUUGAAGCUGGGGUCAAAGGUGAGACACUUAAUUCUGGUCUUUUAACCGUGCAAAGGUUGCCAUGGAGCCAUCCAUCGCUCAUCGAGCUGCUUUUGAAAUACGGUGCCAACGUAAAUUUCAAAAACGGCGCUGCGGUCCAAAAAGCAGUAAAGAAGUCUGACGAGAAACAGCUGGAACUCCUGGUUUCUCAUGCACCAUCCACUGAAACCAUAAGUGCGGCUUUAGAUAUUCUCCUGGAAGCCGAUGUGAAAGCUAAACAUCAAAUAGCGACAAUCCUAUUAGCGGCUGGUCGCGAUCGGAUGCCAACAGCUAUAAACAAGUUUUUAGCUGAAGCAGUGAAACUGAAAUCAGACGUUUCAUUUGCGAAACUGAUUUUGAGGUUUGGUGCCUCUGUUAAUUACGAAAAUGGACAAGCCCUUCGUGCAUCCGUCGAGACUCGCUCUUUUGACGUCCUGGAUCUCCUUUUAGAAGAAGAUGUUACAAAAGAGGCGCUGGAGACAGCGUUUAACUCCAGCUGGAAUCUGCAAGGCGCUGAGCGAUAUCAAUAUACAUCCAAGGUUCUCGAGUCAGGGUUUAGAGGACAACACCUCCAUAGCGCCCUUGCCGAUGUAGUACAGGAGAAUCCUUAUGAUACUGAGACUCUCCAGCUAUUGCUGAAAAAUGGCGCUUCUGUACAUCAUUCUAACAACUUCCCUCUUCUCCACGCAGCUAUGUUAAUGGAUGCCGCAAUGCUGAAAAUAUUGUUGGAAGCUGUCUCCGAUCGAAAUGCUAUCAAUGAUGUCUUCAAACAGCUUGUUUCGUCAGGAACGUUUUGGUUGUCUUCCCCUGGAUUAUUGGUAAUCCAGCAGCUGCUAGCAAAUGGAGCUUGUGGGGAUAUGAUUGACCACGCUCUGGCCAUAUCCGUCGAAAAUUUUGGCAUUAUCAGCGAAGCAACAGAUGCUGUGGAUAUCUUGAUUCGAUUUGGAGCUAACGCUGACUAUCAAGAUGGCCGAGCUCUCAAGCUGGCAAUCGAAAAGAAUAGCCCAGUUCUAGUGAAGCGACUUUUAGACUCUCUUCAAUCGCCCAGAAGUCUCCCUGCAGCAUUUUCGACUAUCAUGUCAUCAAACUUACCAGAAGAUGCUACCCUUAAACUAAUCGAAUUAUUUUCCCAGAUUCCUGGAGGUAUUCCGGAUUUGAAUGGCUCACUGUAUGAUGCCGAUGGACUGCAACAGGAACCUGUCACAUUUGCUGCAUUAAGAAAGUGGCCCCGUGGAACUAAAAUCCUCGAGGCUCUUUUGAGGGCUGGUAUUCUGGCUGAUCAAACAAUUCCAUAUGUUAUCGAGUCCAAGGAAGGUUAUGAACAGGUUUCCCUCCUUCUGUGGGCGUUUCUUCAGCCUCAACAGAAGGUUAGUCCAUAUAUUAUUGAUUGCCUUCUGAAAAAUGAAGCAAAUCCAAACUUCCAAUCAACAGGAUCUUGCCAGACUCCCUUACUAAUUGCAGCAAUGGAGAGAACACCGGAUAUGGUGCUCAAGCUCAUUCAGCAUGGCGCUGAUGUUUCGAUAUGCGACGCGCACGGCCGGACUCCUCUAUUUUACGCCAGCAGACGCGGACAACUAGCCACAAUGCGCCACUUGUUAAAUGCAAAUGCUACUGUCGAUGAUGGAAGCAUUCAUGAAGCUGCGCGUGAAUUGCACACCGGUGCUGUUAAGCUGCUAAUUGACUAUGGACAUGAUCCAAACUUCCCGUCAAUGAUUCACGAUGGUCGUAGUGGAUUGGCAGAACUUUGUCUCAAAUCAGCAGCUGAUUCUGUGACUGGGUUUGGAAGGCUGAGACAGACCAUAGAUGCCCUUGUGACCGGAAAGGCUGAACUUACUCUUAGCAGAGGCGGCAAGUCGAUUCUUAUGCAUGCCCUGGAUAAUCCAACUGGCUGCACAAACGUAACAAAAGCGCUUCUUGCCAGUGGGCUUUGGAAGCGUAUCAAUGAUGAGAGAAAUUUCUAUUCCCAAGGCGGCUUUAUAUUCUCACCUACAAUGUACAUUGCCAAAGACAUGCAGCAAAGCUCCAAAGAAUAUGCACCGGACCUUUUACAUAUCCUGAAGGCCAACGGAUGCAAGGACGUGUUUUACAGGCAAUACGGCCCUCAACCGCCAGACAUGGUUGGAGCACCUGCAGACAUCCUCGCAGAAGACAAGAGGCAAAAAGUACGGGAACGUCGUCUGCAAGAACGAGACGAAGAGCACCAGCUAGCUCUAAAGUGUGAAAUGGAAGUUGCCAAACAACAGAAACUCGUCAUGAAACAAACACAUAGUCUCCGACUCCAGCAGGAUCGCGAAGUAGCUGAAAACCGCGACGCGAUCGCUGUUAACUCCGCAGGGCUACAACUGCGCCUCGAAGCCAACGCAGCUGCACAGCGCCAGCGGAUCGCAGAUCAGCAGCGAAACGCAGAUCUACAGCAACAGCGUGCCCUCAAUCAGCUCCGUCUCGAAGCCACGAAGGAGGAAGGCAGGCUGCAGCUUGAGUACCAGAAAUCCUCCGCUGCGGUCCAACAGGGCACCUUUGACGCACGUGUAACCUCUGAAUCUCGAAGGCUAAAGGAGCUGGAGGCAGCAAACGAACGGCAGUAUAAACGGGAUACCGACUUGUUGUCACGCCAGGAGCUUCUCAUGGCUGGUCGAAAAUCGACGUUGGCGGAUGACGGAAGGCUGUGCAUUGGGCAGGGUGAUUUGGGCCCGGAUUGA